AUGUCUGUUUUAGCUCGUCUUUUGAAUACAGUAGAGUACUCUUACAAUCCUGGAAAUGAUUGGAUUGCAUGUUACCCUCAUGGAAUUGACAAAACUAUACCAGAAAAUGUACAUUCAAAAAGAAAGGCCAUUUAUGAUCAAUUUGGUGAGAAAGGUCUCAAGAUUGGUGUUCCGGUGGCAGAGGAAGGACAGGACUUUACAGAAGGCUACGUCUUCCAUGGUGAACCGCACAGAACCUUUGAAGAGUUUUUUGGAGUAGAUAACCCGUUUGCUGAAUUUUUUGUCCCGAACAUUGCUCAUGGAGGAAAAUUAGGCUGCAGACAUGAUAAACAACGUCCACCAGAGGAAAGAGAGUUGAUGCUGACGUUGGAAGAAGUAUUCCAUGGAUGCAUUAAGAAGAUUAAACUUUUUAAACAGGUAUUUAUGGAUAAUGAGGAAACCACACAGAGAGAACAAAGAAUCCUUACCAUCCAUAUCCCAAAAGGUUGUCGACCAGGUACGAAGUUUAUUUUUCACCGAGAAGGAGAUCAAGGCCCCAACAUCAUUCCAGCUGAUGUCGUGUUUGUAACCAAGGACAGGUAUCUCAUGACAUCUUCCAUCUGUAAUGGUUUUAUACCUCACCCUCGGUUUUAUCGACAAGGUCACGACCUGAUAUUCAUUAAUGAUUUAUAUCUUGGUCAAGCUUUGGGCGGUUCUGUUGUGAACGUUGUCUCCUUGGACAACAGAAUUCUACGUAUCUCUAUCUCAGAUGUUGUAAGGUAA